AUCUCAGUGUCUGCUGGUGUGAGAUGUAAACAUCUCCACCCCCGCUUGCACUGCUUGCACCACAGCAUUUCCAGUGUGUGGAGAAGAUGGAGCCUGAUUGUAUGUGAGUGCAGGCGGAGGAACAGCAGCAGCAGCAGCGUGUAGGGGGGGUGUUUGCUCUCAAACUCAACUGCUGCAGUCGAGGCAUCAAUUUUGUAUAGGCAUUGAGUGCAGUAAGUUGGCUAUCAUCAGCAGAGGCUUCCCCUCUCUUGCUGUUGAUGAUGGAGUACAGGGAUUCAGGCGGAUAUGAGCCGUCUCUAUAGGAAUGUCCGCGUCCGAUUCGAGCGCAGCACUGCUUAGUUGCAAGAGUUCAGCUGAUUCGUACACGAGCAGGCCAUCUGAUUCCGACCUGUCCCUGGAGGAGGACAAGGAGGCGUCUCGGCGUGAAGCCGAGCGCCAGGUCCUGCUCCAGCUCGAAAGAGCCAAGGCCAAACCGGUGGCAUUUGCAGUGAGAACCAAUGUCAGCUACUGCGGGGCACUGGACGAGGACUGUCCAGUUCAGGGUGCUGCCAUCAACUUUGAAACCAAAGAUUUUCUACAUAUAAAAGAGAAGUACAAUAAUGACUGGUGGAUAGGGAGGCUGGUAAAGGAGGGGGCAGAUAUUGCUUUCAUUCCCAGUCCUGUUAAACUGGAGGCCAUGCGCAUCAAGCAGGAACAGAAAGCAGCUCAGAGAAAAAUAGGUGGGAAUGCAUCCUCUGGCAGCCGGAAAUCUGCAUCUCCUGCAGCCAAACAGAAGCAAAAGCAGACAGAGCAUGUUCCACCUUAUGAUGUUGUUCCAUCUAUGAGGCCUGUUGUUCUGGUUGGUCCCUCACUAAAAGGCUAUGAGGUUACAGAUAUGAUGCAGAAAGCUCUGUUUGAUUUUUUGAAGCACAGGUUUGAUGGGAGGAUUUCUAUUACAAGGGUAACUGCGGAUCUGUCUUUGGCCAAACGAUCAGUGUUGAAUAAAAAACCAAAUCUAGAUCCGUCUAGCCUGGCGGAGGUACAGAGUGAGAUUAACAGAAUAUUUGAGUUAGCUAAGAGCCUACAGCUGGUGGUCCUGGAUGCAGAUACCAUUAACCAUCCUACACAGCUUCUAAAGACAUCACUCGCUCCCAUUAUAGUCUAUGUGAAAGUGUCUUCUCCAAAGGUUCUUCAAAGACUCAUUAAAUCCAGAGGGAAAUCUCAAAGCAAACAUCUCAACUUGCAAAUGAUGGCAGGAGAUAAACUAGCGCAGUGCCCGCCAGAAAUGUUUGACGUCAUACUGGACGAGAACCAGCUAGAAGAUGCUUGUGAACACUUAGCUGAACAUUUAGAUAUAUAUUGGCGGGCCACUCACCUUCCAGGCUCUGCCCCCACCAAUCCUACGGUGGAGCAAAAUGUGGUAACCCCACCCUCAGCCAACUCUAGCCAACAGUUCUCAGAGACACAAGAACUAAUUGAAUGAGCACUACCACAAUUAAGGAUGAAUCUGAGUGAAACUGAACAUUCCAGAAAGACCCCCAGAAUUCCUCAAAGGCCAGCCACUCACUGCCCCAGACUAAGAUGAGGGCUCAGAGCACCUGUCCCCUAAAAAGAAAAAAGAGGAGUGGAGGGAUGAAGGGCUUGUGAGGAAUUGGACCAUUCACAGUCUCAAUGUAAGCGAGACCUAACAGUGACCACACAACAGUGGCCCUCUUCCUGCACUAACACACAUGUUGUCCUCUACAUCUCAGGACCACUCUGCUGCAGGCCUUCAGCCAACACACACACUAUACAUCUAUUAGAUAAACACACUUAACUGGUCUGAACUGGGGAUAAGCUAUAAAGAAUAGUAAACUAGUUAGGGAAAUUCUUGUUUUCACAUUUUUAUUUUGUUUUGUUUAAGUGGUUUAGUUACGCUCGGUGCUUACAACAUUUUGAGGUAUUAGAUGGCUUGCAUGGUAAAAUCGUCUCUGAAAAGUUGCAUCUCCUUUAAAGCACAAACAUUAGCAUAGCAAUCUGUGAGAUUAUUUAUUUAUUAUUUGUAUUUUAUCUGUUGCAUUCUAGAGACGCCAUGCCAGAUCAUUUAAAAGCGUAUUUUCAAAACAAGAAUGCUUAUAUUUUAAGAAUGCAUCUAAAUGGGCUUAGAUGAACCCGAAAACAUCCUAAUAAUGCAGGGCUUCCUCAAGACCCAUAAAUCGAAGAUUUGUUUAGGCAACCAACCAGUAUGAAGUUUGCACAUUUAAACGUAUCUGGAAAUAAACUGGUUGUCCACAGCCCCUCAGUGGUCCCAUCUGUCUUCCAGUCCCGGCUCUCAUGCCUGGUGAGAUUCUGGCAGUGACAUCAAAGAGCUCUCACCACUUUUUCAAAGAGAGAUCUGCCUUGUGAGACUAACACGAAACCGCUGACUGCCAGUCAGUUUACUCAACCUUCACCUCCUACACCACAUUAGAUUUAUUUUCAUUGCUUACCAUGCUCAGAGGCAGAGGCCUUGCACAAUACAUUGUUAGAUAAAAUGGUCAAAAUAUGUACCCCA